AUGACCCAAAAGAUGACGACCCCCGCACCGACCCCGUUCGGGCCCUUACCGGCCGAGCUCGAGCACGUGCACGCGACCUUUGGCUACCUGUUCGAUCCGCACCUCUACCUCCAUUUCCGUCUCGCCUUGGCCUCCGGAUCAUCGCACCUCUUGGUUCGACUGAGUUCGACCACUUUGGAUAAGCACGAACGCGCAGAGGCGGUCGCCGCGCUGGGUGCCCAACUCGAUUGGGUCAGUUGCAGAGUAGCAGCAUGAUCCCAAGUUGCCAUCUGCUGACACACACGGUGUCUCUCAUCAGAUCUGCCGCACGCUCUACGGCCUCGAAACGAACGCAGUGCCAUGCCCGCGUCACCCCGUCUCGGCCAACGCGUUCCUCAAAUCAUGGCUCGUUCCCGAUCCGAACCAUACCGCCUUCGUGCCCGUCCCGUCCGCUUCAAGUCCUGUAUCCCCGCGUGCUGCCACAUCGACGACAGCAUCAACGAGGUUCACUCCACGUCUUGCCACCGUGCCAUCGACAUCUCGAGCUGUCUCACCAUCUCCGAACCCCAGUCGAUCGAUGAGCCAACCGAGAUCGCCUCUCGUCGGCCUCGAUAUCGACAUCGAGCGCAACGCCUCCUCAUCCCUCCUGCAUGGGCGAGGCGAGUCGGGUAAACCUUCGAUCAUAGCCGGCUCAACUUGUCGCGCCACCUCCCACGAACGACCGCACCCACCAACACCAACCAGCCUCGACCUGACCCCGCGCCCGAGCCACUCCCAAACCACCGAUCACUCGAUCCCGGCCUCCCCCGCGACGGCUUCGGCAGUCCAGUGGGGUGCCCGAGUCGCACCUCCCUCCUCUACAACCUUUGCUCAACGGUCCAAACUCGAUCCUUUGAAUCUAAACAGCCCAACCCUGACUCGACGACGACGAUCGACCAUCACCGUUCGACCAUCGAGUUCUCCCCCCCUUUCAUCGAAACGACUUCCCCAGGUCGUCAUUAUCGAAAGAAUGGAUAGGACAUCUCCCAGGACGCAACAGGGGAUACUCAAGACGCUGAGGGAGCGAAGGCUCACUCUUGAUCGGCCGAUGAAUACCUCGUCGGGACUUGGUCUAGGGAGGGAGCCAAAUUCGACCGGCACACCGACGUCCACAACCACGACGACGACGACCACCACUACCACCACGGCGAUGGGGUCGGGAGCGGGGACGUUGAAUGGGUUCUUGAGGUCGAGGAGGGCUAGUGAGGGGAUGCAGAGUGGAGAGGAUGCGAAGGAGGAUGUUGAUUGGAUCUUGCCGGAGGGGUUCUUGUGCAUUGCGAUUGUGCUGGAGGAGGGAAAUCGUGGGGACUGGGGUGGACUGGAUCGAUACCUCGUAAGUCUGAAGCGGAAGCGGGGCGAGGGACUUGUAUCGCACACCAAAGUGAGCUUGAAGCUGAUGCAAAGACCCUCUCUUCGAAAGCUCGACCAAUUCACCCUCUCACUAACGAUCCAUCCAGACACCUACGACUUCCGACACCCACCCACGCACCUCUCGCACCCCCUCUCGAACCCACCCCUUUCGUCCCUUCCUUUCCCCUCCACGAUCCUACCCUCGACAUUUUCCGACGCUCUAAUCAACUACCAAAACGACCUCAUCUCAACCCUUCGUCAUCACCCCCAAUUAGACGGACGGUUCCUCACUGCUCGCGCAAGUAAAGAUCUCAGCACCAUUCUCAAAACUUCCAUCGUCCUACGUCACGGUCAUUCUACGACCCCACACGAAAAUGAAGACCGCCCAGCUCCGAAUCCAAUAGUCUUGCCGAGCGAUAUCAUUCACGUCUUAUUGCCCGUCCUCGGGCAUAGGUUGAGGAUCAGGAAUGCCAAGGAUGAGAAGAGCGUUUUUUGGGGGAGUGAGAUUGGCGCUUUGGAGAGGAGGAAACAGGCCAGGGAAGGGGGCGUCGAGAGUAUUAUUAGGGACGUGGUGGAGGUGGUGUAA